CAUAACCUUACCCCGUCAUCUCGCACAACAGCUUCUCAGACAAACAGCCACUAUAGUAUCUCGCAACAGUCUACUACCACCCCUAUACAAUCACUCAAACCCGACAUAUCGCGCUUUCAACCGCCGCCAUGGAGUUCUCGACAAUCCCAUCAGCCGUAGUGCAUCGAGUUUAUGACCCCUUGGCUCGGGCCUACCGCCGAACUACUGUCCCCAUGAUUUGGAUCAUUCAGAUUCUCACGGUCCUCCGCUGUGCCAUGGCCUUCACGGCGUUUGGAUUUUCUUUGCCCUUCUUGACACAGCUUCAAAGCGGCCACGCCCAAAAAUGGCUGCUCGCCGUAUGCAUGGGAACUUACCUUUCCCUGGUAAUGCUUGCCCUUGUUUGGAAGUUUGGCGACAGCGAUUCCGCGGUACCAAGGAGAACCAUAGUGUACGCGUCUGCAACGACGGCCAGCACGGUGUUCGCUACAGCCGCCUGGUGGUACAUUGCCGCGGGCUAUCCUGCCACUGACCAUAAGAGCGAACGGACUGCCUUGGCAUUUCUGUUUCUAAGUUUACUCUGCAGUGGCACGCAACUGCCCUUCCUCAUUGCCUUGACUGUGCAAGGAUCUCGUCACCUUGACAGGGUGGAAGCAAAUGGCGUAGACACGCGCAAAGGAAGAGGACGGUAACGGUGUGUGAUUAUGGAGACUGGACGCAUUCUGCAGGCUGGAUUACACUUUGCCACGCCACGUUGUCGUCCUCGUGAUGAUCUAGCGUAUGAUUCAAUUUUACAG